ACAGCUAGAGGAAGUGGUGGCAAGGGGGACGGGGUCCGCAUCUGCGCCCAUGCAGAGGCGCGUAGUGGGAACAGCAUUCAGGCGGCCACUGCCGCCCUGCCCCGGCGACGGCUGGCAGUCACCAACGGGGAACCGUGGCAGAAAGAUUGCGCUGGUGGAAGGGCGAAGCCCCUGGCCGAACGCUCGCUCAGCUGUCGGGGAACGAGGGGAGCGGUCCCGGGUUAUCGCGGCUCCCACCUGGGGGAGAGAGGCGGGGGCCGUGCUGCCUUCCCUCCGCGCUCCAGCCGCGUGGCUUGAGGCUUAUUUUCCCAGCUGGGAAGCGUCGCGCAGCAGACAAGGGAAUGCCUGUGGUCCUGCGUGUUCCGGAGCUCGGGGGCCCCCUGAUCCCGCCAAGCCCCCUCCAGGAGCAGAAGGGUUAAGAAUGAUGAGGAAGAAGAGGAAGCGAGGCGCGUCCCCCGGCCCAUGCCGCAGCCACGGCCCCGAAUCCCCCACGGCGCCCACGCCGCCGCCCUCGCCGGAGCCCACGAGACCUGCAUGGACGGGCAUGGGCUUGAGAGCAGCACCUUCCUGCUCCGCCGCCGCCGCCGUCGCCGCCGCCGGGACUGAGCAGCGCCUCCGUCCCCGGCCCUGCCCGCCGCCCCUGGCGGCGCUGCUGCUGCUGCUGCUCGGCCUCGGGCUGCUCCAUGCAGGUGACUGCCAACAGCCAGCCCAAUGUCGAAUCCAGAAAUGUACCACAGACUUUGUGUCCCUGACUUCACACCUGAACUCUGCCAUUGAUGGCUUUGACUCUGAGUUUUGCAAGGCCCUGCGUGCCUAUGCCGGCUGUACCCAGCGAACUUCAAAAGCCUGCCGUGGUAACCUGGUGUACCAUUCUGCUGUGCUGGGCAUCAGUGACCUCAUGAGCCAGAGGAACUGUUCCAAGGAUGGGCCUACAUCUUCUACCAACCCUGAAGUGACGCAUGACCCCUGUAACUAUCACAGCCACACAGGAGCCAGAGAGCCCAGGGGAGAGAGCCAGAACCCUCCCAGCUACCUUUUUUGUGGCUUGUUCGGCGAUCCUCACCUUAGAACUUUCAAGGAUCACUUCCAGACAUGCAAAGUGGAAGGGGCCUGGCCACUCAUAGAUAAUAAUUAUCUUUCGGUUCAAGUGACAAAUGUACCGGUGGUCCCAGGAUCCAGGGCUACUGCUACAAAUAAGAUCACUAUCAUCUUCAAAGCCCACCGCGAGUGUACAGAUCAGAAAGUAUACCAAGCUGUGACCGAUGACCUGCCAGCUGCCUUUGUGGAUGGCAGCACGAGCAGUGGGGACGGUGACACCAAGAGCCUGCGCAUCGUGGAGAGGGAGAGUGGCCACUCCGUGGAGAUGCACGCCCGCUACAUAGGGACCACCGUGUUUGUGCGGCAGCUGGGGCGCUACCUGACCCUCGCCGUCCGCAUGCCUGAAGAUCUGGCCAUGUCCUACGAGGAGAGCCAGGACCUGCAGCUGUGUGUGAACGGCUGCCCCCUGAGUGAGCGCAUCGACGAUGGGCAGGGCCAGGUGUCUGCCAUCCUGGGGCACACGCUGCCUCAUCCCUCCUUGGCCCAGGCCUGGCCUGGCUACACACUGGAGACUGCCAACGCUCAGUGCCAUGAGAAGAUGCCCGUGAAGGACAUCUAUUUCCAGUCCUGUGUUUUCGACCUGCUCACCACCGGUGAUGCCAACUUCACCGCUGCGGCCCACAGUGCCUUGGAGGACGUGGAGGCGCUGCACCCAAGGCGAGAGCGCUGGCACAUCUUCCCCCGCAGCGGCCCCGGGGCACCCCGCGGGGGCAGCCUGCCGGCUCUCAGCCUGGGACUCGCGUGCUUGGUCCUUACUGUGUUUUUGUAGGGUUGUCUUUUGUUUUUUAUUUUUUUGCCUAACAAAAUUUUUAAAUAUAUAUUGUCAUAAUAUAUUGAGUAAAAGAGUAUAUAUGUAUAUACCAUGUAUAUGACAGGAUGUUUGUCAUGGGACACGACCUGAUUGUACAUAUUGUGUUUGUGUUCACAUAUGUUGGCUGUAGUGUUCUUUGAUUGUAUCGGUUUUGUUUUGCAGUUUUGUGAAAUGUUUUAUAAUGUCCCUGCUGGGGGACCUGUUAGAAAGCACUUUAUUUUUUAUAUAUUAAAUAUUUAUGUGUGUACCUGGGUAGUAUGUAUAGUACAUAUACACGGACACCACACAGUGUCCCCUUGAGGAGGAUCAGUGACGUUUGUGGCUGUUCUCUCCUGCCUGACCCCGUUGCUACUGAUCUGCCGCACGUGCGGCGUCCCCGGGGCAGCCGGCUCGCCCCUCCAAACUAGGUCCGCACCUGCUGGCCUCCCUCCUUGGGCAAGGACCGCGCACGCCCCCUUCCCGGCGCCGUGGGCUCUGACCUCUGGGAAGCCCUCUCUGCUCCUUCAUAGCUGUCACUUCUUCUUCAGAGGUGAGGAGAGAUCUAUCACAGUCCCAACUGGUCGUUCCAUCUGCGCGCUUGCGGGCUGGUACAGCAGAAGGGCUGUGGGGACAGUGUCUUAGGCGUUUUGGUGAACCCAAGAGCUUUCAGAUGUUCUUAUCCCACGUCCCUGUUUGAACUGUAGUUUUUCCUUCUUUAAAUUAUAGUCUGCAUUAAACAAACACCACAAAAACAAAUUUAGUGAUCAUUUGUGCAAAUGCACGUUCUUAGUCUUCCCAUCCUGGGCUGCUGGGGCCCAGAGACACACGGCUCCCUGUCCCAAUGUCUGCCUUCCCCUUACCUUGUGAGCCCAGGUACUAGGGGCUGUUGGCUUCUUUAAUAUCAAGGCCCAGAUCCCAACGCAAACUUUUCUGCUCCUCCUCGCCCAGCACCAUGGUCUCGGCCACAGUCUGACAGGCCCAUCUUCCACCAACAUGCAUGAUGGAACAGAUGAGGGCAUCAAGGGUAGAAAAAGCCUCGUUGCCCUGACUCCCUGUGUGGCUAACUGGCUGCUGGUUAAUCCAGACAUUGCCAUUAAGCAGUGUUGCUCCCCAAGUGGUCCCCUAAUCAGAUAAAACUCAGCUACCGAUUCUAAGGGGAGACUAUUUAGUCAGUUGCUUACGUAACUGGGUGAAAUUCCUAUGAAGUAAAACAUCUCCUUGCCUCUUCCAUUCAUUCCAUUGUUAACAGAAGGAAAAUGCACGAACAAAGGAGAAAACAAUAGCUGGGGAAGUGAAUUCCAGGAUAGGUAGCUUUAUAUUGUUACAUCUAAAAUGUAAAUGUUUGGGUCCAAGAAUAAGUGAUACAGUUUGUGCUUUACCUUAAUUAAGUUCGUGCAAGAAAAGUUACAGGACUUCAAGUGCCACGGUAAUGUGGGUCGAGACUGGACCUAGUGUGAGUUGGCCAGGUGGCUUCCUCCUCUUGCCGUAUCCCGCUGAUGAGUUGUACUGCCAAAGGCCCGGACUGGCAGGAAAAAGAGGAUGUCAUUUCAUGAAGUUCUUCAUGAACUAGUUCAUCCCAUCACAGGAGGGAACUGUGGUUUCAUCUCGAGGUGGCAAAGCACCUCUCUACCAUCUGGUACAGGAGAGACUAAUAAUGGCCAUUCUGGGAAAUCAUGAAGGUAUCCUGCUUUUCUUGAUAAGGAUGCAAUGCAUUUGAAACCUAAGCCUGUUACCCUCUCAUAAAAACUAGACUGGGACCCACCACCACCAGCUCUGAACUGUGGCUGCUUUUGUCCACCUAUGGAGCCACGUGCCAGGUUCAGAAGCUGUAGUUAGCUAAGUCAUUUUGUUAUGUAAUUGAGUAGAACAAAGGACAAAUAUUUAGGGUACUUCUAACCACUACUUUUGUGCAAAUAGUAUAAAAGUGAAAUAACAAUAGAUGUAUCUUGAUUUAGAUUGUAUUAUGAUUAAUAUACCUUUGUCCUUUUCAGGGAGAGCAGAACAACCACCGCUACUAAUAGAAAUUGCGUUGUUUGGCCCUGUCAUUUAGCUGGAAAGGAUGCUUGAAAGCGUCCUACGUCACUAGAACUCAUGGCAGUGUAUUGAGCUAGUCUCUGUUUAUAGCCAGUGUUCCUGUACAACCUUUAGAGUGCCCACAGAUAACUUUCAGAAACACAGGUACUUCUCUAAAGGGCCAGGGUUAUUUUCUCCUGCUUUCUAGGAUUUCUAGACAAAGUGCUAGUUGGACAUGUUUGUGAAAAUCCUCCUUAACAAGAAGAGUUACAGGGUUUCAUGACAACACAUGGAAGCUGCAGCUGUUCACAGGUUUCCUGGAGGAGCUUUCAACUUGGGGGAAAACACUGGUUUUCACAGAUGCGCCACAUGGCUGUCUUUAAGACUCAAAACAUUUUUUUGUUCUUUGUUAUGCUUGGAAACCUCCAUGGUGUGUCGAGUCUUUGCAAAGAAACCUUUAGAUGUGGUUCAUAGGUGUAUGAGUAAGUAUCUGUGUAAAACAGUGAGUGCGCAGUGUGUAAAUACUUUAAAUUAUUAUGCUAGAAAAAUAAAGUUGCAUACCAUGCUGUGGAAUGUUUGUGCAUG